AUGUCGAACCCCUCGCGUGCCGCACAUGAUGAUGUGCCUGUCCAGAUCCGACAGAGUCUGGCAGCGCAACGUGCACAACAGAGUCUCUUCGAGCUUGACGAGUUCUCUGAUCCUGUGGUUCAGCAGGAUGGUGGUGAGGCAGCAUCUGCCCCAAUCCCUUCCAGAGCAGCCCCUGCAGGUGCUGCAGACGGUGUGGUGCUUGAAGAGGUGAUAGCUUCGCUCGCUAAGGUCACCACGCAGACGGAAGAAGCGGUGAAGCGAGCCGGUGUCAUAGAAACGCUUCGAGCCUGUGACACAUUGGGUCUCCUCAAGGGACACCCCAUUCUCCAGCGGCUUUUCCUGGAUAUGUACGAUGAGACGAAACGGAACCGCUUGCUGACCUCCAGCCGCGGCUCCUCGGCCGAGGGCAAGCCUCCUGUGGCAGGGGACGCGGUUGCCUCAGGUGCCGAUCGUCCCUCCCAGGGGGUGUCACCUCAAGCUUUGGAUGUCGAGAUGGUGGAAUCGGCGGAUUCGGCGGCUGAUGGCGACUUUGCCAUGGUGGAUCCCACCCCUGCGGAUGGGAGCGCGGUUGCCUCAGGUGCCGAUCCUCCCUCUCCGGGGGUGCCAUCGGCAGAACCCGAAGUGGCUCUCUCCGAGCCGGGCUUUAUCGACUCGGCCAGUGGCUCCUGGGUCCUGGCGGACAAGGCGCCUUCGAUCACGGUGCCUAGCACCUCGGGAGACUACGCUUGGGUGGAACAUGAAGACGUCGAACUUCUCCAGGCUUGGGUGCAAGAGCAGCUUGAUGCGGCAAGAGACCCUCAGACGGUCCUGCCGCAGAUCGAAGAUCGGGUCGUGAUGUUGCAGAAGGAGCUCCCGUUUGUCUCGGUCAUGGACUUGUUUAGCAAGUCCCACCCAUGGUGGGGGGCAGUAUGCAGAUGGUACUGCGUCCCGGAAGAGGUGGGCAUGGUGAAAGGCCAAAAGCUUUCUAGCACAGUCUUGGCCAGAUGGAACUGCCUGCGACGGGAGGACCGUGUGAAGAUCCUCUCGCAUGUGGAUGCCACUUCUAAGGAGUUCCACCAGGACCCGAGUCAGUUCGUGAGCGGCUUGAUGCACAUGAAGCACAAGCUCCCUUUUAAGAAUGUCGGCACGGUCAUCCUCUCCCUGCCGUCCCUGACGAAAGACGAGCUGCUGGGCUCUGACAGAGCGGUGGUCCAAUGCGUGGACGCCAGUAAGGCGGUAUACAGGCUGGUCUCCCCGGAGGUGAUGCCCGACCGCUUCUUCCGCAGUGACGUCGCGACCAUCCUCCGUUCCCUCCCGAAGUUGGUGGUGGAGAAGAUGGUGGCCGCCGUGGAGUCUGAGGACUCGGGGCUCUUCGAGGAUGCGAUCCUGAACAUCGGGGGCCACCUCCGCAGCAGAGUGGCUACGCUCCGCCAGGAGGAAAUCCUCAAGAAGCAGGGCCAAGGGUUUGGCACAGUUACGGCCCCGGCCCCGGAUGGAUCCUCCUGGCGCUUGGUGGAGGGUGCGUGGCAGAACACCUCGAACAGCUUCAGGGAGGACUUCAAGUACAAGUUCGGUGCCGAUGGCCGGGGGGAGGUGGCCUACUCUUCGGAGGACCUGGCUCAGAAGAUGGAGGAUCAGGCCUUCCGUGGACUCCUUUUUGCCUCGGACUUAGACUGCCCACGGUUUGAUUCUCAGGAUGGCCCGGAGCAGAAGCCUCAUGAAAUCGGCGUGGUCGAUAGCCCGGACAUGGCCAACGCCCGCAUCACCCUUGAGGAUGCGGCCCACCAGGCCGAGGGGGCGGCUACCUUUGCCGAGGCGGUGAACCUGGAGAACAAGACACACAGAGGCAAGGUCCUCCGGGCGGCUGCGGGGGCUGCCCUGGCAGUGCUCCAGUGCCACUCGAAGCUAGUCGCCUGGGCCUCAUCUCACGAGGCGGCGGCGUCGGCUUUCAGGAACCAAGGAGCGGAUAUCUUCACCUGUUGCGAGAGGGAUGCACUCCCGCUCCUCCUUGUGGUCCAGAAGGGUGAGAUGGCCCACGUCUUGAAGGAGUAUGCGGAUGUGCCCACGGUCCGGACUGUCCUGACCAAGCUCGGCAUGGCGAUCUGCAACCUCAGGACGCUGAUGGAGACCCCGGACCAGAAGAACACCACGCUCCUGGACGUGGUCCCGGGGGGCGAGGUCGCCAAGAACAUUUUCGAUCACCUGGACUGCUCCUCCCCACUGGGCCUCCUUCAGGCUCACUCGGAGGGAAACCUCCUGGAUUUUGGGCAACAGGGCUGGGAGCAUUUUGACAGCCCAGCGGGUCCCGUCCUGUUGGAUGCAGCUGGCCGCGUCCUCUCCCUCUCUGAUGUUACCAAGGUUGAGGCCAGCUUUGGACCUGGGGUCGAACCGGUCCCGGCGAAGGCAGAGGGGGACACCCCGGUUGCCUCAGGUGCCGAUGGGUGGACCCCGAAGCCGGAGCGGCCGCCCACGGACCGGGACAUCGCAAUGGAAAACCUCAAGCAGCUGGAACAGGCGGCUAUGGAGGAGGGCACCGUGGACGCGGCCGAAGAGGUCGCUAAGACAGCACUCCUUCCGGAAAAAAGGGCGGUCGCCAAUAUGGCUCAGAUCUCUACAGCCACGUUGGAGGCCAACCUCAGAGGGACCAACCAGGGCCAGGGCCUUCUUGCUGCGAUGCGUAGGACAUUGGCGCCCCGAGAGAUGACCUUUGACAAAGAAGAGAAAGCCAAGCGGGAGGAGAACAAGAAGCGCAACGCGGAGCAGCUUCAGGACCAUUUUGUCUACACUCCGGUGGUCCAGCAGCCCAGCCUUUGGAGCAGGGAGCUGGUCGAGCUGGUGGAGCGCCACGCGGAAGGGGUCACGGGGGAGCUCUCAAGUUUCCAGGAAAGGGACCCAGAUGUUCUCGGCCGGAUCCAGUCCGAGGUGGUGGAGGUCCACAAGAUCAUACAGUCGAUACCAAAUGUUCCCGAGGACAUUGUCGGUGGUGACCUUAAGCACCAGGCUGACAUCCAGCGUGCGGCUUCCUUCUUCAACCCGGCCCUCUUCGACAAGCCGUUCCCGGAGCUGAAAGGGACCAAGGCCUCUGAGACUCUGGAAGACCAGGUCCGGACCCUGAACGCCAUGUUGCAGAUGUGUAAGAAACAGACCUACCUCACGGGGUGGAGGUGGGUCCGGCAGCCGGGUUCGGUCACUGCUGAUGAAUGGUACGCUGGCUGGACGGACCUUGGCCACGAAGCCUUCGCAUCGGCCAUGCACUCAGUGAACGCCAUCUUCGCCAAGCACGGAUUGGCGCAAUACAGCCUUCAGAUCCCGGAGAUGGUGGGGAACCUCCUCAACCCUAUGGUGGCUCUAUCCAAGCCGGUGGAGGAAGGGGAGGUGGACAGGGAGCCCCACCAUUGGCGGCUCAAUCUCCAGACAGUGACCCUCAGGGAGCUACUGAAUUGCUAUGGCAGUGUGCUCUCGGCCAAGGACAUCUGGAACAUGGUGGGACCGACCAAGAACGAGGGCCAGAAGAAGUUCCAGAGGGGUUUUCCCCUGGUGCGCUCCAACCUCCGCAAGCGUGGCGAUUACCGGGCGGCCCGCCGCAAGGACUUCCUUGACCUGCGCCUGAAGGCUAAGUCGUGGAUGGAGGCAAGGGGGUUCGGAGAGCCGAAGUGCCCGGAGGAUUACGCGAUCAUCCUCCGCCGCAUGAGCUUCGAGGUCCACUGCAUGAACUUCCUGCACAACCCCAGUUGGCUCGAGGAUCUCCCGGAUGCCCCGGUCGUCGACUCCAAGGAAAGGCUUCGGCUGCGGGCGGAGUACGACCACAGAGUCACGCUGCCCAUCGAUUCCCUCCCGCUUGACCAGGCCUUCUUCUCGGGCAAGCACAAGUGGGCGGUGGCCUUCCAGUACUACCGCUGCACUGGAGGGGCGUGGGUUAAGGCCCCGGACUUCGUGGAUAGGCCCAACCGGAGGCAUUGGAUCCACAUGGAAUGUGGCAUGGUCCUCCCGGCCCUGUCAGGCUUCGACUACACCAGGGUUGGGUCUAGCAAGCGCUCCAAGAACCGUUAUGCCUGCACCCUUUGCAGGACUGAAUGGGGCCGGGAUUCGGCGGAAGGCAAGUGGCUCAAGGGCCACGAGAUGCACGGCUGGCUCCUGGAGAUUUUCGAUGGCGAUGUGGUCCUGCAGGCCAUCGUCACGGCUCCACCGCAGCCAGGGGCGUAUGCUCUUCUGUCGGAAGUUCGAGGGUGCCGAUUCCUCUCCCUGAACCCGCACAUCGAAGGUUCAGAUGGGGAAGCACAAUGUCCUCUCUUCACCCUGCUGGCCGGGCCCCGCAGCCGUUUUGUUCGGUGGCUCCAUUUUGCUUCUCGCUUCUCGGUGCCAGUGGGCCUUUUGGCCUCACCGAUGGAUGAGGGACAGGUCGUGGACACGCGGCACCGGGAGCUGGUUAUUCUCACUGAAGCUAUCUGGGAACGAUUCCAGCCGAGGGCCAGGGACCUUCUGGUGGAAGGCUCUGGAAGACCGGUGGCAGACCAGGUUGGUCCUUUCUCCUCACUCUCCCCCCCGAGACUCGCCAGAACAACGCUGGUCUCAGGGCCGGGUAUACGGUCCAACGUUGGCGACAAGGCGGCAUACGGCAAGGUGGCACCUGCCUCCUGUGUGAUCCAUGCGCUUGGUGUGGGGAGAUGGCCACGAGUUGGUGUGACCGAUGCGAGCGCCAGGGCGCUUUCACGGCGCUGUGCAUGGGAUGUGACCGCGAAUGGGAUGGCUGCCGCUCACACCGCCAGGGACGCCAGCGUCGAGACGUGCCCCGCCGACCUGAUCCGGGUGCUCCUCCUCCCUCUGAUACCAUGGAGGUUUUCGCCCUGGACUUGGAGAAUGAUGGCCGGGGCCCUCCUGGAUCCAGAUGUGGUCGCCGGCGUCAAGGCUACCUGGCUCCAAUCGCUCCCCGAAGAUAGGAGUCAAAAGCUGGAGGAGGACUUCACGGAGGCGGUCACUAGGCUUCAGCUGGCCGCGUCGGGCUGCCCUUCAUGGACAUCUCUCUCUCCGGUGGGUCAACUCCUUGCCGACAGGGCCUUUGGACGGGCCCUCCCAAUGGAGCGCCGAAGCGGGAAAAGAUCUUGGGAGCACUGGGCACCUAGGGAAGGUCCGGUCAAACAGCUUGCCCUUGAUCGGGCGGCAAAGAAGAAAUGGGCGGACAAGAUCAUCUCCGUCCUGGCUCCCUAUCACAGGCACUUGGAUAACAUGCAGGACAUCAAGCCGGGGGAGGACAAGUGCGAGGUCUGGAGGCCUUUGGUUGGCAAAGCCAGGGUUAACUCCUUGAAGUCGGUCUUCUACAGCCUCAAGAAGCUCCGCUCCACGCUCGGGUGUUCCCCCCUGCCAUUCUCCGAAGAUAUGGCAAAGGCCCUCCUCUACGAAGCGGUGGACCAGCAGUUCACAAUCUACAGGUUGGGGCAGCUGUGGAGGACUCUUCACUGGAUCCCGCAGCACUUCGGAGGCUUUGACCCCACGGUCAACCAGGCGAUCAACCGGCGCUAUGAGUACACCAGGGGUUUGUUGGUCUCUUCGGAAGCCAAAAAGGAACGCAGGGCCACUCCGCCUCCCAUGGAGGUGGUCAUUGCGCUUGAGAAGCUGGCUGGGACCCUCCCGGAAGGCUCGCCUGAUGGCUACGCGGCUUCUUUCUUCAGGUUCUGCAUUGGCGCCUCGGCCAGGUUCUCCGACACAGCCCACACCAGGCCGGAUUCCAUGAAGGUUACUAAGGACACCCUCGAGUUCACCGCCUGGCAGACUAAGGUCAAGGAGGCAGGGGACAAUAAUCGUCCCCAGCCGCUCAUCGCGCCUCUGGUCUCCUUCUCUCAGACGGAGUGGUGGGGACCCAUGAUCGCUCUCAGUAAGAGGCGGAACAGCCUGGCUACAAAAGGACUUGAGGAUGACUACCUCCUGCCUGAUGAAGGGAUCCGCUUUGUUCCGGAGGAUAUGGAUGCUCCUUACUACCAGUUGGCGGAAGAGCCACUUCUGGCUCCCCCCGAGGCACAGCUCCCGGUUCUUGCCUCGGCCAAUACUCAGCAAGAGGACAAGCGGGCUGAUGGCCCGGCCUUCAUGGCCACCAACGCCCGUAAGACAGGAUCUCCUCCGGUGUACCGGGUACACUGGUUUGACAGGGGCUACAGGUGCCUGGGUUGUGGACUCCAAGAGUUUGGUCACCUUCAACGAGCUGGACUGGACACCGGACUAUGUCUUCUGUGCGAAGGCGGCACGGCCAAGCAGCCCCCAGACUGUUUCCUGGGUGAAGCGGUGACCAAGGACUCCUCCAGCGGGGAUCCCUCGGAUGGACUUGUGGAGCCCCCCCAUACCACAGGGGCGGUUGCCACAGGUGCCGAUCCCCUGGUGGAAGGGGAUUUGGGGAAUCCGGGGUGCAUUAGCCCUGCGGACUUGGCGUAUUUCCGACCGGAAUCCGUGCUUGCACUGAUCAACUCGCAUGUCAUAGGGCCAAGCCAGCAGCCUCCCUUCUGCAUCCUGCUCGGGCCGGCUGCCAUUUUGGGUCAGACUCACGACGGCCGGGUUCUCCUGCCGUCGGGCACUAUGGAUAGACCGAAUGCGGAAGUCGACGCCAAGCUGACCCUGGCACGGCCCCCGGAGCUGUGCCCGGACCCCUACAAGGAUGAGGUCACGAAGAUUGAUGAACAGGUUCGUCUGGUCCUGGCCAGGCACCAGGUCCCUUGGCUAGUCCUUUUUGUCAUGGGAAAACAGGGCUUCGUCACGGCCCAGGACUGGGCAGGCCGCUGGGAUGAAAAGGAACUCCGGAAGGAGGCUCCCAAGUUGGGCUUCUCACCGGGCCAGAACGGAUAUGAUGAGCACACGUGCGUCCUCACCGCUAUCCGCCUGGAGAACGCGGUGGAACAGUUCAAGCUCUUAAAGAAAAGGAAGAUGGCCGAGGUGGAUAUCCACUCGGUCGAGGACUACAAAGCGAUGAUUGGCAGAGGUGACCGCCAAGAAAUGAGGGCAGCUUACCUCGCUAAGUUCGGCACGGAACCGGAGAGGGAAUACGAAGGCUCGGACCACAUGCUUGGUGUCUUGAAGAGGGUGUUGUACAGGGGAGAGUUCCUUUCACACUCUCAGCUCGAUCUCAACAAGGUCGUAGCGAACCACCCCAAGGAUGGGGAAGUGAAGUUUCAGAAGCGCCAAAGCAAAGAAGAUGAUGAGUGGAUCCAUGAGGAAUCCAACCGUGUCCAGUCGGAGAAACAGUGGAAACGGGUCCUCAUGAUCUGGCGGACGUCCCUCCUCAUGGUUGUGGCAACAUGCACGGGCCCCUCGUGCAUUCACCUCACCAAGGCAGACUUGGACGACUUCUACAACUUCCUCUUCGGAGAUACCAUUAUGGGCCGUGAGCCCGCCCCCUCACUGGGGGUGUUAAUGACGGCUGAAAGAAAGGUCUGGCGCCAGGUGGCCUUGAACAUGGCCAAAGACGAAACCUUGACCAUCUCAGCUGCCCUCAAAGAGAUCCAGAAUAACUCGCGAUUCUGGUUUAUGGAGAUCGAUGAGUUCUGCCUCCGUCGCCACCACACUGGCCAGCCCAAGGGCCCCAGAAAAGGCAGGGGCAAGGGCAAGGACAAGGACAAGGGAAAAGUCUUCCAGCAGUGGGAUUACUGGAAGGGCAAAGGCAAGAAGCCUGGAAAAGGAAAAGGCAAGUCCAAGAAGGAAGACUGGCGUUGGUCCACUCGCUCGGAGGAGACGGUGGAACCUCCACCUCCUCCGGAGUUCUGCAAGAAGUACCACGCCUUCAACAGGUGCCCGGGGGACUGCGGUCUCUCCCACAACUGCCCUGUGAUUCUCCCGGACGGUAAGAUCUGUGCCACAGGGCGGCAGACCACUCGUGAGAAACCGGUGCCGAUUCCCUACGUGCUCGGGUCGUACUCGGAAUUCCCAGAGUAUGCCUCGGACUGCUCCAGCGGGGGAUACCACGGCAAUCCGUCCCAGCCUACAGUGCUCAUUCUCUAUGCGGGGAAGGAUGAUGCCCGGAGCACUAAGGCGGCGAUUGCACAAGAUGUACUUUCUGAGGAGACCUUUUCUGACCUUUGUGCCCUGGCCCUCUCUGGCGACCUCAUGAGGGCCCAAUUGCAGGAUGCCCACCUCUCGUUGGCGUCUGGCCCUCGGCCCCCGGCCUUCCUCCUGGAACACCCGGAGGAUCCCGCCAACCAAUGUAAAGACUUCGCGGGCCUUACACGGAUGAAGAUACACUGCUUUGACCAGUGCAUGCUGGGGCACGGGGCCAGGAAACCCACGGCGGUUCUUAGCAAUCUGGCCCUUGACUGGGAUGGCCUCAGGUGCAGGCAUCCUGACCACCCUGUAUGGUGGUCCAGUUCUGACUUGGCCCGGUGGGGUUGGCAAUUCAAUUUGGAAUUGGCCACUUCCUUGCUAGCCUUCUUCUCCACAUCCGGGGACACGGAUGGAGACCGUUCCGUUGCUUCGGCACUGGCUCCGGUGACAGCUAGUACCUUAAUUGUCCGGCUGGGACACCGUUCUCGCCCCCUCAGGGAUGGUGGCGGUAAGCCAUCCCCUGGGAGACUCAAGCCGGAAGACAGAUGCAAAUGCAAGUUGGCCUGGCUUGGCCAGGGGAUAGAGGAGACACUCACCUCGAAGACGGUUGCCACAGGACCCAGGCGCGGGGCUGCCCCUGGCCAGACCAGUGGGUCGCAGACCUCCGCCAACAACUGGCAUCACGUCUCUCCUGGACAACCGUUUGCCUUGGACAUUCUCCAAGCUUUGGUGGAGCUGGCGGAGGACCCGGUUUUCCUCUGGCUCCUGGUUUUUGUUGAUGAUUUCAUGGCUGUGAUGAAAGAGAGCCUUGGAGAAAUUGGGGCGGCCACCCUCAUGCUCUUCCUUACUCUGCUGGGCUGCCCUAUCUCUUGGCACAAGAAUGCCCUUGGGAAGGUCAAUCGUUGGCUGGGGUACAUGGUCAACAUCUCCGAAGGCUCGGUGUGGCUCCCGGAGGAAAAGUUGGCCAUCCUCCGCCCUGCCUUGUUGAAGUUGGAAGCAGGAGAACUCCACACCAGAAAGGAAGUCACCUCCCUACUGGGCAAGUUGCAGUGGGUGGCGAAAGCUUACCCUCAGGUGAGUUCCCACCUCCAGCCACUCUAUGCGUGGGAGCAGAAACUUGAACGGAAAUGGAGACCGGGAGACCUUGUACGUUUUCUGGCAACUCUGCUCAUCUCCAUCUUGGACUCUGGCCCCUGCGUUCCUCUUCGUUUCCAGCACAACACUCCAUGCUAUGGGAGCAGUGAUGCCGGUGAGGACGAUGGCCGGGUGGCUAUUGGUGGCUGGUUCUCGCCCUUGCUUAACCCCACCAAGGCGGAGGUCCUGUGGUUCUCCAUGGACGUCCUUACCACUCCAUGGGUGCAGCCCCUCCUGGCGCACACUUCUCCGAAGCGCCGAAUUGGUGCCCUGGAACUCCUGGGCACACUCAUCCUUUUCCUGUUGGCUGCAGAGUCCGUGGGGCCCUGCAUGAUUGAUGCUCAUCUCCCUCUUACUACAGACAAUGAGGGCAACGCCUUUUCUGCCAGCAAGAGAUCUUCGAAGAAGUGGCCUUGCUCGGCGCUUUUAAUGGAGCUCUCCGCACAGGAGUUCCACAAGGGUGUCUUUGCUCAGGUCACCCAUGUCAAGAGGAGUUCUAACACGUGGGCAGAUCAGCUCACUCACUUUGAUUUCGAAGGAUUCUCCCCCGGAAAUAGGAGGGAGGUUUCCCUUUCAUGGUCUCCAAGUUGGAUGAUCUUGGACAAGCUCCUUGCUUUCAAAUCGGAGCAAUAG